CCAUGGUAUUUGCUAUACUUCACUCUGUCCUCCAUGAUGAGUCGAUGUGGGAGACUCCUCACUCCUUCAACCCUCAGCACUUUCUGGACCAGGAUGGUAAAUUUAGGAAGAGAGACGCUUUCAUGCCUUUUUCUGCAGGUAAACGUGUGUGCCUUGGGGAGCAGCUGGCCAGGAUGGAGUUGUUCCUCUUCUUCACCUCCAUCCUUCAGAGGUUCAAGUUGUUCCCUCCUGCAGGAGAGCAGCCCAGUCUGGAGUUCAGGAUGGGAGGAACUCGCUGUCCCAAACCUUACCGACUCUGUGCCGUACAGCGUUAAAUCAUAAAAACUGAGAGGAAUGAAUUAAAAUGUUUGCUAUAGCUGUCUUGGUGUAAAUCAAAAAUAUGUCUAAUGAAAUAAUUGCUAAUAGAGUCUCCUAAUCACUCAGUUGAUUGUUACAAUUGAGGACUGGCUAGCAGCCAGUGGAACCAGCCUGAUUUUCUUCAGGCAAGAUAUGUGUGAUUAGGACGAUUGAAGUAACACAAGUUUCUGUGACUCAAAUCAGUUUUUAAAAGAAUUUAGAAGAAAAAUUGCAUUUAAUUUAAUUGGGUUUAACAACAGAUAACCAGCCUGAAACAUGUAAUACAUGAGCUUUCAUUGUCUAGUUUGACAAUAAAUAAUCUUUUAUUCCUGUCUCAACAA